UGACAGUAAAGACAACCCAAUUUAAAACAAAGAUUUCAAUAGCUCUUUUCUCCAAAGAAGAUACACAAAUAGCCCAUAAGCACAUAAAACUAUGCUUAACGUUAUUAGUCAUUAUACCCACUAGGAUUGCUGGAAUAAAAAAGAUGUUAACAAGUGUUGGCAAUGAUGUGAAGCAGGUGGAACCCUCAUGCAGUGCUCGUGUGAAUUUAGAAAUGGAAAAACUGCUUUGGAAAAUAAUUUGGCACUUGCUCAAAAAGUUAGAGUUUCCCAGACCCAGUAAAUCUACUCCUAGGAAUUUACCAAAGACAGCUGAAAGGUUUUGUAUGUACACAAGUUGUAUGCAGAUAACUAUAGCAAUAUUAUGCAUAAUAGCCAAAAAGUAGAAAACACAUGUCCAUCACCUGACUAAUGGGUAGACAAAAUGUGAUAUAUCCAUACAAUGGAAUGUUAUUCAGCCAUAAAAGCAAUAAACUAGAGCAUGAGUGAAACUUGUAUAUAUUACUAAGUGAAAAGAGCCAGACCCAAGAGGCCAUAUUUUGUAAGAUUUCAUGUAUAUGAAUUGUCCAGAGAGGCAAACUCACGGAUACAGAAGUAAGUUAGUAGUUGUCAGGGGCUAUAGAAAGUAACUGCUAUGGGUAAAGAUUUCUUUGGGGGUUGGUGACAGUGUUCUGAAAUUGGUGGUAAUGGUUGUACAACCUUGGGACUAUACUAAAAAGCACUGAUUUGUAUGUACUAAAAGUAUAAUUUUUUAUAGCAAGUGAAUUCUCUCUUUAAAGAAGGAAAAAUACAUAAGUACUCUUAAAAUGUGAUAGGAAGACAAGAGAAUAAAAAAUAGGCAUGGGAUAUCAAAUGACAUUUCAUAGGCAUAAAAUGUGAGGGCUAAUUAUAUGGCUAGUAUUAAGCACUUUACAUGUAAAUUUAAUUUUUAUAAUCAGCCUUUGAAGUAGGUACUAUUAUCAUCCCCAAAUUUACAGGUUAAGAAAUAGGGAUUGUUAAGUAAUUUAAUAUUCUCAUUGAUGAAUGUUAGACUGGGAUUCAGACUCAGGAACUCAUAUUUUUAUUCCCUACACUUUAUACUGUUUUAAACCCACACUGCUCUGUGUAAGUCUUUGUGUGGCCAGUUCAUUUUUCAGGGCUGACUCCAACCACCCCACCACACCUGUUGGUUUUCUCCUCUCCAGAUCCAUUGAUGAGAUGAAACGGUUGGAGGAAAUGUCAGGUAUGUUUCGGAGCUCUGGAGUUGAGCGCCACCCCCCAGAACCAAAAUCCCAGACAGAAGGGAUUGAAGAUUCAGGAGGCAAAGAGCAGCCAUGGGAGAUGGUGAUGGAUAAGAAACACUUCAAGCUGUGGCGGCGUCCCAUUUCAGGCACCCACCUUUACCAGUACCGAGUGUUUGGAACCUACACGGACGUGACACCGCGGCAGUUCUUCAACGUUCAGCUGGAUACAGAAUAUAGGAAAAAGUGGGACGCCCUGGUGAUCAAGCUGGAAGUGAUCGAGAGGGAUGUGGUCAGUGGCUCUGAGGUUCUUCACUGGGUGACCCAUUUUCCUUACCCGAUGUACUCACGGGAUUAUGUGUACGUUCGGCGGUACAGCGUGGAUGAGGAGAACAACGUGAUGGUGUUGGUGUCACGUGCUGUGGAGCACCCGAGUGUGCCCGAGUCUCCGGAAUUCGUCAGGGUCCGGUCAUACGAGUCCCAAAUGGUUAUCCGUCCACACAAGUCAUUUGAUGAGAACGGCUUUGACUACUUGCUGACAUACAGUGACAACCCCCAGACCGUGUUUCCGCGCUACUGCGUUAGUUGGAUGGUUUCCAGUGGCAUGCCAGAUUUCCUGGAGAAGCUGCACAUGGCCACUCUGAAAGCCAAGAACAUGGAGAUCAAAGUGAAGGACUAUAUCUCAUCUAAGCCUUUGGAAGUGGGGAGUGAGGCCAAAGCCGCCACCCCAUCUUCUGAGCGCAAGAGCGAGGGGAGCUGUGGGCCUGCCCGCAUCGAGUACGCCUGACGGGCCCUGGGGGCAGUGGGGUCAGGCGGGUACAGCCCUGUCUCGGCGUCAUCUCUCCCUCCGCUGCGGAACAGGGCGGGUUCGCAGGGCUCUGCUGUAGCCACCACGCAGGCUGAUUCAGUGCUGGUGUCCGCUCUCAGGGCCCUGCUGCUCUCUAUCGGAACAGGAGGAGGGGGCAUCCGAAGGGCCUUGUCAUGGUCUCGGGCCAAGCGUUUUGAAACUGGUGUUCCUGGAGCUCCUCUGGAACCAGCCUCGCCUCAGGCCGGAGGGGACAACAUCCUUUACUUUCUCUGCCCACAUUCCGUUCUCAGCCUUGGUUCUGUGGCACUUUGGGUUGGUUUCCUUCGGUUCUGAAGGUCCAACUGGACCACUUGGACGGUUGAGUUUUCAAUGACAGGUCAUGGCUGGAGGCACUCUAGGUCACAGUCCUGGUGUUGAGGGGGUGUGAACUGUUGGUUGGCAGCGUAAGUGCCUUGUCCUCACCUUCCCCUGUCUCUAGGGACAUAAAGUUUGUACCAAGAGAUGUCAAUCUCUGCCUCCCAUUGCCGUUCCCCACACAAAGCAGUUUCCCUUGAGUCAGCCAGUUCUUCGGUAUUCAUGUGCUGUGUUCAUCUGGGUUACCGCCUCCCCCUGUAGCCCAUUUACCAAGAACACUGGGAAACUAAACGCUGUCAGACAGUAACUCUAUCAUCAGUGUUUUUGAUAGGAUCAGUGGAGAUGCUCAAAACAUCCAGUUUAGCUUUGUGUUUUUUUUUUUAACUUGUGUGUUAAAAAGCGGGGGUGGAAUUAGGAAAUAGAAUAGGAUUUUUUCUCCAUAGUCUGGGCUGUAUAGACAGCACUGUUUUGAUUUGGGCAUUAUUUUUCAUACUUUGGGUUUGACUUAAUGUGGCAACUUGGCCAUCUUAGAAGGCUGAAGGCAGAGGGGUGGGGGUUGGGCACCUCCCUGGAAGCUCUCAGAGCUGCAGACAAGCCGUGUGAGCAGACAGAUGCAGUUGGUCCCAAAUGCUCAUCAAGGGGGUUGUGAUUCAUGUGACCCUGUGAAAAGCUUUUUGUCCUCUUUUGAGCUAAAAUUAAGGCAAACCAGGCUGUUCAGAUAAAAUCACAAUCAGAUGGGAUCGGCCUGCCCUGGCUAACUGUCAUGCUGCAGUCUGACCAGGAGCCUCGGAAAGGGCUUCAGAUCCUCCUCCUUCCUCUUAUUAGAAUAUGAAUGACCAGAUUUCCCCCACCCCCACUUGGUACCCUUUUGUGUUGCUGAAAGAGGAGCGAAAGCUGAGAUUAAGCCCCUUAACCUUUUUGUGGCCUAAGUUUGUGCCAAGAAAAUGCCUGCUCCACUCUGACUUCUUGCAAUCUCCGCGUCGUUGGCAGACCAGAUCGGUGCCUCAGACAGCCCCAGCUUCCCUUCAUCGGUUGUGUCUCCCUCCUCAUCCCCAGGGACGAGUCCCUGGGUUGCAUUGGAACUUAGCGCCUGUGACUAUUGGGACAGGGGUGGUAUGGGCAAGUGCCGUGAGUACACUUGAGUAAAGGAGCUGUGUGUUGCUCACCUGCUUUUUGGCAAUUUGACUCUUCACUUGGUCUUGGUCUGUACAGUUACUUAUGUCAUUGUAAUGAUUUCACUCCUGACUGUGGUGUUUUUACCAAAUGCGUGAAUAAAUACAAAGAUUGGUAUGAAGGAAUGUGUCUUUGGACAUACGUUGUCAAGGAAGUCUUGCAUACUGGGCUUAUUAUUUCUUCCUGAUCAUAAAGCGAAUUCCUGCCGGCAGAGCUGGCACAUGAAAGCAGCAAGGUUUGGUCUUCCCUGGCGGUAACUGCCACACCACCCACCACCAGUCUAUAGACUAUAAGGCCUUUCCAGGUGACCAGAUUGGCAAUUGAAAACAAACCACCCAUUUCCACUUCCUUGUCUGGAUCCACUGGUAACCCACACCCUUUGCUUUCAAAGGAUGGACUUGGCGGGAACAGCGUUAGGAGUGGCAGGGCCUCUGGCCUGGUCUGGAGCCCUGGAGCUGGAGAGGGGGGAGUGAGCCCCAAAACCCAGGGCGUGGUGGUCACACAGGCGGUCCUGGGAUGCAGGUUGGUGCUGGAUGGUGGAGCCAUUGAAGACUUCGGGCACACGGUGAGUUUUGAGCGUAUGCGUGAUGGUGCCUGUGGGAGACACGAGGUGAACACAGAUCAUACACAAGACUCUGGCCGCUCCUCCACUGCUGGAAGUCCUCUCGGCUAGCAGACCUCCUGUUAGAGGUCGUGGGCUGCGGGUACACGUGGGUCUGCGUAACCCCUCACUGGAGAGCUGGGUGCUGGCCUUCGCCCUGCCGUGGAGGCCCCUGCUUGGCAUCCUGGCCACCGUCCAGGCUACACGGAAACAGUUUGCACAGAGAAGCAGUUGGCUUCUUAACUGAGAGCAGCAUUUGUGCUGCCACGCAGCUCCAGCUUUCAGGAAGUUCUUUACAUUGACACCAAGUGGGCCUCAUACUGUCUACUGAAGGGUCAAGCCCUGAGCUUGAAGCAACACUGGAAAACUCCCGUGGAAGAACCUUCAUUUUCUUAAAGGUGGUGCUCAUGUGACAGCAUUUCCCAGGCUUUAUAUCAGCAGCAACUUUAAAAAUCCUCCAGCUUUUUCAGUGGUCAAGACUCUGCCUUCCAAUGCAGGGUAUGUGGACUUGAUGCCUGGUGGGGAGCUCAGAUCCCCCAUGCCUUGUAACGAAAAAAACAUGAAAUGGAGGCAGAAGCACUUUUGUAACAAUUCAAUAGAGGCUUUAAAAAAGGUCCACAUCAAAAAAAUGUUUUAAAAAAUUCAACUUUUUAUUUUGAAUAUUCUAUACAUACAGAAAAGUUGAAAGAGUGCUAAUAAUAAAACCUGGUAUACCCUU